UAGAUCCCUGAGUUGGGGCCAAAAAGAAAAAUAAAAAAUACUUGGAAUUUUGUAAUGUUGCUGGCCUGAAGUUUCCUGGCAGUCGGAUAACUAUGAACAUGCCUAGAGGUACUCUUGCCAGGGCAAUAUACACGAAAUUCCAUAACGACUUUUAUUUAGAUAAAUAUGAUACAAAAUUGUUUUGAGACUCAUCCCAACAGAUGUUCGUUGACCUCAAAUCACAUCCGAGGUGUACUAUCUUUUUACUGGUACACAGUUAACACAGAUCCACAAUUUGCCUACCGUACUACAUUUGUUCCCUUCGAACAGCCUGAUGAUGCCACACUGGAAUGGCUUGAGCACGCGAAGAACAGUAGCACGAAUAUAUACAAACAUAUAUGGCAUGCACUGGCUCGACAGUUUUUACAGUUCUUUAUGACCCAAACCGAUAUUAAUGGAUUUCUAAAGCGGGGUUCCAUGUUCAUAUUGUCCGAACAUCAGUUUGCAAUUUUACUGAAAGAGGGUGGAUUCGAUAGCCAAAGGUAUGAUAUGGUACGUUUCGUUGAUAUUGGUGCUGGCGAUGGUGAAAUUUCCGCUGUCCUUCUGAAGGCUUUGAGAUUGUCAAAUCCAGAUGUGAUUAUCGACGCAUAUGCAACUGAAGCGAGCUGGACUAUGCGAGAAAGACUGAAGAAAAUGAACUUUAAAGUUUUGGAACGUCUAGAUGAAGUGAGCAACGCUCAAUUCGUUUCCUGUUUAAAUGUAUUGGAUCGCUGUAUUGAUCCCAUACAGUUGCUGGAAGAUAUUCAUACAAUCCUCGCGCCAAAUGGUAGAUGUGUCAUAGCCUUAGUUCUACCUUACAUGCAUUACGUUGAAUCAAAUUCUUCACAUAUGCCAAUUCGUCCACUAAUGAACCAUUGGCCUGGCAAGGCCAAACAGUAUUCCUUUGAGUCAGAGGCUGCCAUCUUUUUCCGAGUUUUGGAAAAUGUCGGAUUCCGAAUCGAAUCCUGGACAAAAGCACCGUAUUUGUGUGAAGGUGAUUUACGACAAUCCUAUUAUUGGCUUAUUGAUUUGGUGGUUGUGGUAUCAAAAAUAUCCUAGCUACAUUUUUAAACUUGCCUUGUGCGCACACAAUCACUCUCGAUCUAUACUUUAUUACCUUCAAUACAUUCUCUCAAAUGUAUUCAAAAGCAUUUCAAUGUUUUUCGUAACUACUACUAUUACAUACUAAUACACACACACACAAAAAGCCUUUUUGCAUUAAAAGUCAUAAGUCUUAAUUGCCAAAGUAUACAAAUGAAUGGAAACAAAUUUAUAUGAUUUAAUGUACCAACAAACAAACCAUACCAUGUAAUGCAAGAUAUGAGACAAGGAAUUUGUAUUUUAUUGAUUGAAAAAAAAAAAAUCUGCUAUUUCUACUUUAUUAUUUAGGGAUCUAUUGUUUAGUCAAAUGUAUAUACAUAAUAAAAAAUGUAUUAAACGUGA